GAUUACGGGCUGAGGGGGAGUUCAAUUCAAUCUCGGAGUCAGAUUGCCAGCUCUAGCGUCAAGCGACCUACAAGGUGAACGCAUCGAUGGUGGCCGCCAACAAGAUCGUGGUGUGCGAUAAUGGCACGGGGUUUGUCAAGGCUGGCUUCGCCGCUGAGAACUUCCCCAAGGCUAUUUUCCCGUCCCUCGUGGGGCGCCCCGUGCUACGCGCCGAAGAAGCCGUGCAAACGGACAUCCUGCUCAAAGAUAUCAUGUUCGGCGAUGAAGCCGCGGCUGUGCGAUCGAACCUCGAGAUCUCGUACCCCGUGGAGAACGGCAUCGUCAAAAACUGGGACGACAUGGAGAAGCUCUGGGACUACACGUUCAAGGAGCGUCUGGCCAUCGACCCCAAGGGCCAUCGCAUCCUACUAACUGAGCCACCGCUCAACCCCAAGCGCAACCGUGAGAAACUGGUGGAAACCAUGUUCGAGAAGUACGGCUUCGAAGGCUGCAACAUCACCACACAGGCCAUGCUCACUCUAUACGCGCAAGGUAUCACCACGGGCGUAGUCAUUGACACGGGCGACGGUGUCACACACGUCGUGCCGGUCUUCCAGGGCUACGUGCCGCAGCACCUCAUCUGCCGUCUGGACGUCGCUGGUCGCCACAUUACCAACUACCUCAUCAAGCUCAUGCUACUACGUGGCUACCCGCUUAACCGCACCGCUGACUUCGAGACGGCGCGUCAGAUAAAGGAGAAGUGGUGCUACGUGGCGUACGACACAGCUGCUGAGCGUAAAUUGGCCCUGGAGACGACGGUCCUUGAGGAAUCGUACGAACUGCCUGAUGGUCGUGUGGUGCGUCUGGGUCGUGAACGUUUUGAGGCUCCCGAGGCGCUGUUUAACCCGAGUUUGAUCGACGUGGAAGGUGCUGGUCUGAGCGACAUGGUGUUCGACAUGUGCAUGAAGGCCGACAUCGAUCUGCGCACGGAAUUCUUCAAGAACAUCGUGCUGUCGGGUGGCUCCAGCAUGUACCCGGGUCUCCCCAGUCGUCUGGAGAAGGACAUCAAACAAAGAUACCUGACGGAUGUGCUCAAGGGCGACAAGAGUCGACUGAGCAAGUUCCGUCUCCGCAUUAACGACCCUCCUCGCCGUAAACACUUGGUGUUCCAGGGUGGCAGUGUCUUGGCUGAUGUCAUGAAAGACAACGACGCCUUCUGGCUGCUCAAGAGUGAAUACGAGGAGCAGGGGCUGCGUAUUCUCGACAAGCUGCAGUAAAUUCCAUAAGAAAAAAAAACGUAAGGUCUUACCUGCAUGGUAAGUGUCGGUACACCAUGCUAGACACAGCGAAUGUAGCUUGAAGUCAAUUUUCCACCUACAACUCAUCAGUUCCCGACGUUUCUGACUCA